AUGCAGUACGCCUCGUCCAGUGCGAGUACAACAACUCCUUCGCGCGACUCAGAAGCCACGCUCUACCCACCGUCCACAGCCUCCAGCAUGACUCUGAGCGACGAGUAUGCACCUUCCCAGGGCUCGAGUAAGGGUUCGUCGCGCGGAGCACAUGCCCGGCGCGGCCAACAGACUCCCCAACAGCAGCUCAGCCAGAUCGAGAAGUCAGUCACACACCUCCUCGUCGCAACUAAGCAACUACUCGAAACCCUCACACUAUGGUCCCGAGGAACUGCCACCGAGAGCGAGGUCUCGGAUGUCUACGUACGCCUGGGCUAUGAAUUCAACAUCGCAUCCCGAGCGUUCAACGCUAUUGGAGUCGACACACAAGAUCUUGGAAAUGUUCCAGAACUGCUGCGCGGUAUCUUGGAGGAGACACUUAGCCAGGAAGCGUCUCAGGCCAGCCUCGAUAACUUCCUCCCACGCAUACGAGACAUCAUAAUCAAUCUGCUACAUGGCUUGAAGAAGAAGCAACAGCGCCUCCGGCAACGAAAUGGCGCCCCUAUUGGAGGUAGCCCGCGGCAAGGAAGCGUUGGCAGUGUGGGAGAGGUCGAGGAACCUCAGCAGGCACGCGCGGCCAGCACUCGUCUGCCCGCGCGCCAAGAGAGCGACUUGAUUGAAAAUGGCCCAGACCUGCCUCCGCGAUCGUCUUCUGUACCCGGAAGAGCGUCGCCGACCAAGUACGAUGCCUUGCCCUCGAACCCAAGAGCAAAUCGCACAACGAAUGCCAGCCAGCUGUCGACCGAUUCUUCUCUGUCUAGCACUACCGCGCAGCAGAUACCCGUAAUCGCCCCGUACCCUUCAGAAGACCCCAUGCCAAAGUCGCCCGACCCUCGACAACAGCAAGAUUGGCCGGCCAACUUUCCUCCCCCUCCGCCGCCUCCGAAGCAACAAGAUGCGCUGGCAGCGCUGCAGCGAGGUGGAGAGUUGGAAAGAAGAGCUUCGCGAAGGUUCUCGGCAUAUCAGAUUCAGAAACAUCUGGGCACGAACGGGAUACCCAUGCCGCCUGUGCAGAACUCUCCCAUACCCAAUCGCGGAAGAGACGUUCGGGAGUCUAUGAACGCUGUUCGUGUUAGGGGAUCAGUGCUUCACAGCCGGCAACGAUCCAACGCUCGACCCGCUGUUGAAACCCAGUUCGACAGAACCAACGAUGUAUCCCGGCGUAUUUCCGAAGAGAGUUCUCGAAGCUCUGCACUGAACGUUCAACCUCCACAAGAACCUGCGCCUGAGGACAGUCCUGUUGCAAAAACACCCGAGGACAAGCUCGGUGCCCCAAAAUACCCUGAAGGCGACACCCCUGAGCUUGGAGCCACGCUCAAUGGCCCCUUGGUAGAACCUGCGGGACUACCCUCGGAAUCGCCAGUCAAAGAGCCACGAAAGGCCUCCAGUAUACCCGCUCGAAUGAACUCGCGCCGAACGAAGACCCCAUCUCCAUCGCCACAGCCGGAACCAUUCGUACCAGAGCAAUCGCCACAAUCCGGCAAGGAGCUCACGAUUUUCUUGCAGUAUAAAAGUAAGAUCCGGAAAUACGUCUUUUCGGACGGCGCAGACCUCAACCCUGGGAGAUUACAACUUGCAUUCAUUGAAAAGUUUGCAUGGGAUACACACCGUAAUGGCGAGCUCCCGGAGAUUCAUAUUCAAGAUCCUGUCUCUGGCGUGCGAUACGAACUUGAGGACAUGAACGACAUCAAAGAGCGAUCAGUCCUUGUCUUGAAUGUCGAACAACUUGACGAGGUGAAGAGUCAUAUUGACGACAAGUUCCACGGUCUGAACCGCCUCGUGGAGAACAUCAAAAGCGUUGUCGAAGACCAACAGUCGGCAAUUCAGCGCGUCGCGGAACGUCAACAACAGACGUCCAAGGAACUUGCGGGCAUCGCUGCUGGUUCCACUUUGUCCUCUGCCCGUGCUUCAACAUUGUUGACUCCCAGCUCUCCCAUGCCGACCGGAGGCUCUUCGGAAGUAUCACUUUCGUCCGCAGCUCAACUCAACGAAGUCCAGUCACUGCGGAGAGAUCUCGCUGUUGUCAAGCAGACAUAUUCGUCUAUGGUGGCCGAUAUCGAAGCAAGCAUGUCUGCCAUCCGGACUAAGGCCGCCGCCGUGAAAUCCACCGCCGUGAAGGCCGCAUUGCCCACACUUGAGGGUGACACUGGCCGUGCGUAUAUCAACGAUGGCAAGAAGACGUUGCAAGAAGACUCGGAGAAGAUGGUCACUCGCGUAGACGAUAUUCAGGAUCUUAUUGAAGACUUGCGCAAAGAUGUCGUCACUCGUGGUGUCAGACCGUUGCCGCGUCAGCUUGAAAUCGCUGCCAAGGAUCUUUCGAAGGCCACUUCCGAGCUCAAGAGGCUGCAGGAUCUUCUGGCGAAAGAAAAGCCUUUAUGGACGAAAAUUUGGGAGCAAGAACUCCAGACUGUCUGCGAAGAGAGAGAUCUGCUCUCAAUGCAGGAAGACCUGGCGGCUGACUUGCAAGACGACCUUGAGAAGGCAGCCGAGACCCUUGAGCUUGUGGAACAAGCGACCAAGCAACAGAACUUGCAGACUGAAGAUGGUAAGGGGCAGGGCACGCGCUCGGCCUCUGGGCGUAAUUUGCUGCAUGCGGUCGCCUUCGAUAAGGCUGUUGAUCCCCGUCAAGCUCGAGAUGCCGACUUGAAGCUAUUGAACGCGCUGAGAAGGCCCGACAGCGCGAACUUGCAAACCGGGAUGGGGGGAGAGUUCAAGAAGGAACUUGGCGAGUUUGUCGGAGAAGGCAAGCUCAAGAAGAGCGGCGGAGUCGAGGAAGUAGAGCGCCUCCGUAAAGCGAAAGAUGAGCGCGCCCGCAAGGAAAACCACGAAUUGCAAGCUGCGCGAGCGAAAGCUCGGGCCGAGAAACAAGCCGCUGAAGCAGCAGCGGCUGCCGCGGGUGCAAUGAACGGAGACGGCACAGAAGAGAAACAUGGCGAAGCUGCGACGGAGGAGGCAGACCAAGAAGCAAACGAGGAGCGGUCACCUACCCCUGAAGGUGGCGGCGCAUAA